UUGGUGAUUAGAUAUGGAGAUGUCUUUAGAACACACAUUCUCGGCAAGGCGAUCAUUGUCUCGACUGACCCUGAAGUCAACAAAAUGAUUUUGCAUAAUCAUGGGAAUAUUUUCAUCCCAAGCUAUCCUAAAACUAUCACCAAACUUCUUGGAAAAUCCUCAAUACUGCAAAUAAACGGGCCUUUGCACAAGCGAGUGCAUUCCCUUAUAGGCGUUUUUCUCAAGUCGCCCGAGCUCAAGGCCCGAAUCACAAGAGAUAUCGAGAAAACCGUUAAGCUUUCCCUAUCUAAUUGGUCGACCGAAAAAAGUUGCCAAGUUCACGUUCAAGACGAAACUAAAAUGAUUACAUUUGAGAUUCUUGUACGAGUGCUAAUGAGCAUUGGUUGUGGUGAAGAAAUGGAGUUGCUGAAAAAAGAAUUUGGCGAAUUUAUCAAAGGACUAAUUUGUGUGCCCAUUAAGUUCCCUGGGACAAGGCUGUACAAGUCUUUGAAGGCAAAGAAGAAAUUACUGAAAAUGGUGAACAAAAUUGUAGAGGAGAGGAAAGCAGCUAUGAACAAAAAUAACGAAAAAUCGCAGCCAAAUGAUGCGAUUGAUGUGUUAUUAUGUAACUUUAAUGAAUUAUCCGACGAGAUUCAGCAUCGACUCCCGUUGGAUUUUAUUAGUGGAAAUAUAGUUGAAAUGAUGAUUCCAGGUGAGGAGACUGUGCCAACUGCCAUGACCUUGGCAGUUAAAUUUCUCGUCGAUAACCCUGCGGCCUUAGCCCACUUAGUG